AUGGUGCGGGGCAACGAUGAGCUGGUCGAUGAUUUCCCCGAGCGGUUCCGCUCCUACUCGGAGAACGAAAAGCACUGGCAGGCGCGGCGCACCUUUAUCCUGCGCAACGUCCCCCCGGAGGACGGGGCGGAGCUCUCUCCGCUGCGUGUGGACCAGCUGCUCUCGCUCUCUAUGGUCUGGGCCAAUCACCUCUUCAUGGGAUGCAGCUACAACAAAGAUCUCUUGGACAAAGUAACAGAAAUGGCUGAAGGGAUUGAAGUUGAAGAUGCCCCACAUUUUACAACCCGUGAUGAAAUAAUGAAAAAGAAUCAACACUAGUACCCAAGAGAAGAGCAGCUAAACUUUUACUAUGCCACGCAAUCUACUGAAAUAGAAGACUA